AUGACAUAUCUUACUUCAAAUAUCUCAAUAACACAAACAACAUUCUUGUAUUUAAGAGAGACUAAUACAGUUUUAAUAAUUUAUCAACGUUCAACAAAUGUUAUACAUGGAGAGACAUUGAAAGUGUUGACUGGCAAUACAACUGUUCAUUCUAAUAGUUAUUGCAUUGUUUAUGGUGUAUCUUACGAUCUAUGGAAACAUAUUCCAGUACAAAACUCUGGAGAAACUGGAAAUAGUGGAUAUGAUGCAUUUUGGAGAAAGAAAUGGUUGCAAAAUAUUCGUGCAAAUUACUCAAAUCCUUUAAAGAUAUCGAUGAACCAAACUGUAGAAUUACCAAAAGCACAAAUUUCAUUAAAAUCAUCUUCAGAUUGUCCAUCAAAGGGUACGUCUAGUAGUACUAUUCUCGAUAGAUAUUUUCUUCACAAUGGUACAUUUAUGCUAGGCUUGAUCCCAUCAACUGCCAUAUCUUGUAUGUUUCUUUUCAACAAUGCUAAUAAAAUGUGUAAGGAAACUAAAGUAAUACGACUUGGCAAUUUUCUUCUCGUCAGUGCAAUCAUCUCAGAUAGUUGA